CUAGAAAAAUAUCUGUCGAAUUAUUUUGGACAUGCGCAGAGCGGAGAUGCCAUAUUGGAAGGAGGGUUUGGAGUGCAGCAGCAGCAGCAGCUGAAGACGUCGCUCGCUCGCUUUCAGAGAACGAAGGGAAAAGGUCUGGAGGAUUUAGACGCGAGAAAAACUUCAUCGAGGUAAGACAGUUGCCUAGUGUGGAUGUAGUGCUGCGAUGCAGUGAAGUCAAACAGGCUGACAAACAAACCAAAAAAACUACAAGGUCAAAGUUUAAAGUUCACCGAGCAACGGAGGGCGCAGGAUGCAGAACCGAAGCCACGACCGUUCAUUGGCUCGGGCCGCCGGAAGGUUCCACCCUUCCACCAAUGGAAAAGAAGAAGAGAUACCCACAGACGGCGGAUCGGCGGAGGAGGAGGCGGAGUUCAACUGGGAGGAGUACAUGGAGGAGUCGGGCACCAGUGCCGCCCCACACACGGCCUUCAAACAUGUGGAGACCAGCCUGCGGAGCAGCUUCCAGCCGGGCAUGAAGCUGGAGGUGGCCAACCGGGCCGGAGCCGACACCUACUGGGUGGCCACCAUCGUCACCACCUGCGGCCAGCUGCUGCUGCUGCGCUACUGCGGCUACGGCGCCGACCGCAAGGCCGACUUCUGGUGCGACGUCAUGACCGCAGAGCUGCACCCCGUGGGCUGGUGCACGGCCAACGGCAGGACCCUCGCGCCCCCACAAGAUAACCUUUACCUCAGAAAAGCCAUUAAGGAGAAGUUCAGCGACUGGACGGACUUCCUGGUUCAGGAGCUAACGGGCUCGCGGACGGCGCCGUCUAACCUACUGGAAGGGCCUAUGAGGGGUAAGAACACGGUGGACCUGGUGGUAGAGGCCUCUCUGAUGGAGGUCCGUGACCCCUCCAGCCCCGCCCUCUAUUGGCCGGCGCGGGUGGUCCGCAACGUUGGCGGCCGCCUGCGGCUGCGCUACGUGGGCCUGGGGGGGGGAGGGGGAGACGAGGACCCGCAGGGGCGGGACUUCUGGCUGUUUUACCUGGACACCAGGCUCCGCCCACUUGGCUGGGCCAGCGAGAACUCUCUCUCUCUGGAACCGCCCACAGAGCUCAGGUCUCUGAAGAGCGCCCCCGAGUGGCAGGAGGCCCUGGAAGCAGCACAGCAGGAGGCCCAGGCGAAGCCUCUGCCCCUGGAGGUGUUCAAGGACCACACGGACCCCCCCAGGCACUCCUUCAGCACAGGAAUGAAGCUCGAGAUGGUGUCGCCGUGGAAACCGCUGUGCAUCUGCCCCGUCUCCGUCACCAAGGUCUACGACGAGUUCUACUUCCAGGUCACAGCGGACGACCUCUCACCCGAGGCCACGCCCACGUCGCUGGUGUGCUCCGCCCUCACGCCGGGCAUCCUGCCCGUGCAGUGGAGCCUGAAGCAGGGGGUGGGCAUGGAGCGGCCCGGGGGCUACGCCGGCCAGGACUUCGACUGGGCCGACUACCUGAAGCACUCCGGGACGGAGGCGGCCCCCGACACCUGCUUCCCCGACGAGUGGAAGAACCGGGACUUCUCCAAGGACACCUGGCUGGAGGCCGUGAACCCUCUGGUGCCCUCCGAGGUCUGCGUGGCCAAGGUCACUCAGGUCAAAGGUCGUCUGAUGUGGCUGCGACUAGAAGGUGUGUCCAAGGGGCUGUCAGAAUGCAUUGCGGAUGUGGAGUCCAUGGACAUCUUCCCUGUGGGCUGGUGUGAAGCUAACGUCUACACGCUAACUACACCUCACAAGCCCGUCUGCCAGAACCAGAAGAAGAUAGCAGUGGUACAGCCAGAAAAACAGUUGGCUCCGCCCCCACCCAUCGAGACCGCCCCCGCCAACACCUGCCCGCCGCUCAGCGUUGAUCCAGGCUCGGCCAACGGGCGCUACUGCUGCUCAAAGAUCUUCAUCAACCACAGGUGCUUCUCGGGGCCCUACCUGAACAAGGGCCGCAUCGCCGAGCUGCCCCAGGCUGUGGGGCCCGGCAAGUGCUCACUGGUCCUCAAGGAGGUUCUCACAAUGCUGACCAACGCGGCCUACAAGCCAGGGCGCGUCCUGAAGGAGCUGCAGGAGGUGGAGGACCAGAGCUGGGAGUGUCACGAGGAGAUCCUCAAAGCCAAGUACAAAGGGAAGCCCUACCGCGCCACCAUGCCCAUUGUGCGUCUGGCCGAGCAGAUCCCCGACUUCUGCCGCCGGGUGUGUCUGCGUCUGCAGUGCUGCCCCAACCUCUUCAGCCCCACGCUGGUGGCCGACAAGUGCCCCGAGAACUGCUCCAUGCAGACCAAGACCAAAUACACAUACUACUACGGGAAGAAGAGGAAGCUGCCCAAGCCCGUGGGCGGGGAGGAGCUGUCGGAGGCGGACCCCAGCAAGCCGGCCCGCCGCAGGAAGAAGAGGAAGGCCAUCUUCGUCCAGAGGAAACGCCGCUCCUCAGCCGUCGACUACACGCCCGCGAGCUCGCUGCAGGAUAGCGAUGAAGAGGAGGACGAUGACGAGGAGGACAUGGACUUCCAGUCGGGGAGCGAGGAGAGCGCAGGGUCCCGGCAGCGGGGGGCGCCCGCCGCGGCCCCGCCCCUCAGCACCCGGCCACGUCGGGCUGCCAGCCUGCGCCGGGGGUCCCUCGGCGGCGGGGGGCUGGGGGCCAGCGGGGGGUCCACCGAGGGGCCCGAGGGCCGCAGGCGGUCGGCCCGCUCCCUGGCCGCCUACGGUCAGAACAACAAAAACAACAACGAGGACGAGAAGUACACGCCCCCCGGGAAUCAGGAGACCAAGAUGGAGGGUGUGGAGGAGCAGGAGGAGGAAGGGCAGCUGGUGCUGGAGAGGAACCCUCUGGAGUGGAGCGUGGACGAAGUGGUCCAGUUCAUCACCUCCACGGACUGUGCCUCGCUGGCCAACAUAUUUCAAGAACAGGACAUCGACGGCCAGGCACUGCUGCUGCUGACGCUGCCCACGGUGCAGGAGUGCAUGGACCUGAAGCUGGGCCCCGCCAUCAAGCUGUGCCACCAGAUCGAGCGCGUCAAGGUGGCCUUUUACCGCCAGUAUGCCAACUGACCACCCUCCGAUCCCCUCCUCGGCCCCCCCGCCCAACCCCCCACUGAAACUAUUUGAACCCGCCACUGCAAGCAAACCCGCCUGACUUGUUUCUGUUUUCUCCUCGGUGGAAAUGUUUUUUCUGUGAAGAAAGGGUUUUUAUGGACAGGAGGAGGGGGGGGGGCUGGGCUGGGGUGGGAGUCGUUGGGGCCCAGGGGGGCCGCGGAAACACUGUGCGACGGCGUUCCUGGAAUAGUCCUGGGGAAAGGGUACUUGGGACUGGAAUGUUUGCGGGAGCGGGUGAAGUGGUGCGGCGCGUGUGUUUUCUUUUGUUGCUGAAAGGAAGAGGAGGAGGAGAGAGAGACUUUGUGAGCAGGGGACUCUGUGAAUGUUCUUAAGGAGGAGGAAUUCCGAUUGAUGUGAAAAGGAAACAUUUGGGAGCGUCGGAGAUAAAGUGAGGAUGGGUGUGAAGGGCCGUGUAUGCCAGGUGGAAGGAUCCCAGACAAACCUGCGAAGAGAACAUUUUCAGGCGUGGGACUAUUUUUUGGACUAUUUAGUUUCCCUUUUUUUUUAUUUAUUUUUUUUACUCCUUGUCUUUUCAGUUUUUCCUGCAGCAUUUACAUAUUUUUGCCGAAUUAACACACCCCUCCCCCCCAUGCUUGUGAGAAGAUAAUGACAUUUCCAAUCUGAUAUUACGGGAGGCUAUUUAAUUACAACUCCCUCCCUCCCGCCCUCAAAUAAGUAAUAUAUUAGCUGUAUUUAUUGUCGUCCUCGUGAAUGAGGAAACAAAUAUAUCUAUUUAACGAAAGAGGCGAGGACGGCACAAAGGAAACUGUGUGGAACGGUCGGUACGCUAUUAGAGUGAUUGGAAUACUCAGGGUAGUUCUAAAAGGAACACUGCUGUUUACAAUGCACGGUUAUAUACAGAGUACACAUCGGUUAAAACUGCGACGCAAAAAUGUAUGUUCCCCUUAAUGCCCCGAGAGUUUGGGUUUUACCUCGGGACAAACAAGUUAUAUUUGAUGGUGAUUUAUAUAUUUUGUUUUUUUGCCAGGAUAAACAUGGAAAAUCUGGCCAUGGUGUGUACUGUUUAUGAAUUCACCUUGGUUGUGGAAUGCUUAUAUAUAUAUAUAUAUAUAUAUAUAUAUAUAUAUAUAUAUAUAUAUAUAUAUAUAUACACAACAUUUUUCUUUCAUUUGUGGUUCCUAGAAUGGCCUAACACAGUCCUCCAUAUUGAAAGCAAUUUCACGAUGACAGAACCACUAUACUUUUCACUUCCCCUCAUGUUGAACCGUCACACGCGUCAUUGCCACAAGCGAUACCAUGUCCAUCUAUGCAAAUGUGGCACCGAUAUUUUUGAUAUAAUUGAGAUAAUAAAUUUGUACGGAUUUUCCUUUUUUUGACA